GAAUUACUUAUAUAAAGGUCUUGAACGGCCUUCAGAUUUUAUUAAUAAGUUCAGAUCAUUAUGAAUAAGCUGAAAACCACCUGCGUCUAAAAAAUGAUGUUCUGGUUCUAUGCUGGAGCCAUUGUCCUCUUGCAAUUAUUAUGCCAAGCUAAAGGGCCAUUGGUGCGGUUGGCUUUGAAUCAAACUGUUGAUACACAAACCAGAGGAACUCUUCAAAUUUAUCACAAUGGUGAAUGGGGUUAUAUUUGUGACAGCGGAUUUGAUGAGAAUGCUGCCAAAGUUGUCUGUCGAGAAUUAGGGCUGCCAACGAAAUAUGUUACACCAGGAUUCAGUGGGAGUGAAAAUGGCAUAACACACUCGAGGAAUAUGCGAUGUAGAGGUGAUGAGACCAGUUUGUCUGAUUGUUCUGUUAACGAUAGGGGUUAUUGUCCUAGCUUUGGAUACAACAGGGUGGAACUCACCUGUGAUAGUGUUUGCCCUCAUUUGAAAUACGGUGAUAACUGCAAAGAAGACUGUCCAUGUAAGAAAAAUAAUACUGAAUCCUGCGAUAUGGAGACUGGAGAAUGUGUUUGUAAGCCGGGAUAUACCGGGUUCUCCUGCAACUGCCAAGCUGGUUCUCACUCCUGCAACACCACCGUUUCUGAUUGCUACGAGGAAUCGAGUGAAGUAUUCUGUAUUUGUAAGAAAGGUUUCACAAAUUCAGAGUACAAUUGUACCGACAAUAUAAGACUUAACUCCAACGGAAUCGCGCAAGUCUUUGAAGGUGAUCGAUGGGAUGGUAUCUGUGAUGACAAUCUUAAGAGAAAUGCUCGGGUUAUUUGCCGUCAUCUAAACGAAAGCACGGAAUUUAUAUAUUCAACUUCAAAGCAUCAAAACUUCAGAUACGCCGAGAAGUUGGUCAAUUGUACAGGGACAGAGGAAAUGCUGUCUGAAUGUCCUUUUUUAAAAACGGACUCUUCAUGUUCUUACAGUCCAGUCGUCUACUGUGGUGAUUGCCCAGACUGGAAAUAUUCAGACGACUGCUCAAAGACAUGUGAUUGUGUCAAGGAAACAAGUACUGGGUGUGACUUCAGAGACGGGACCUGUUCUUGUCGUGACGGUUUUAAAGGGGAGGACUGUAGUUGUCACGUGUCUACAGCUCCUUGCUCGGGAUCGUUCUCUAAAUGUAAAUUUGACAGGUGUAUCUGCAAAGAAGGGUCCUUUAACCAGUCAGCGUCUUGUUCAGAUUUAUCAGAUGUCGUUGUCUUUUGCACUUUUGAAAAGGAAUUUUGGAAGGAUACCUGCAACUUUUCAACUUCAAAUCCACGUUUGAGACGUGACAACUAUGGUUUAUUGUUUGGAGGGAGACCUAAAGCAGGAACAGAUGAUCUAUAUUAUGUCUUUCAAGAUACAAAAAGUUUUCUAUCAUCCGUCCUUUCAAUGACAGGCCUAUCAAUCGGUCCAUCCUCUACUGAUAUGGUUAUAACGCUGACUGAAAAGCGAAAGCAAUUUUGUCUUUAUUUUGACUACUUUCUCUAUGGAAGAGGAUCGAUAACCAUAUCUAAAAUAGACAACUCAUACGCGGAAACUUUUCUAGCAAAUUUAACUGGAACACAGCAAAAUUGGACAACAAAAAACUUACAGUUAAAUGAAGGAAAAGCUCUUCAUCAGAUAAAGAUAGCAAUGGAAGAGAGCACUGCUAUUGACAGAAUCAUUGUUACAGGGUCCAGUUGUGUUUGUUCAGACUGGACAUUUGGUCAAGAUUGUGACAAAUGUGCCUGUGUUCGAAUGCACACGGAGUCCUGUGACAAAACUACCGGGGCUUGUCGCUGUAAAGCAGGAUAUACCGGAGACGCUUGUCAGUGCGAGGCUAGUGGAAAACCCUGUCUCCACAAUGUUAGACUGGUGAAUGGAAACACAUCAAACGUGGGCAGAGUAGAAGUGGUCACUGAAGGCAUAUGGUCCACAGUCUGUCACGACAACUGGGAUAAUAAAGACGCAACAGUCGUCUGCAAACAACUAGGACUCGGAAAUUAUGGCAUUGCAAAGCCAAAUGGCAUGUUUGGAAGAGGAAUCGGGCCCAUUUAUGUCGACAAUGUUGCUUGUAAAGGAAAUGAGACCAAUUUGUUAGACUGUCCAUUUAUUCGAUCUUCGUGUGACCACUCUGAUGAUGCCGGAGUAGAAUGUGUUAAUGCUUUGAGUAUAAUCCGCCUGAGAGAUGGUACCGAUCGGACCAAUGGUCGUCUAGAGAUCAAAUUGGAUGAAGGUGGAUCUUGGGGUACAGUCUGCGACGACGGCUUCGGAGAAACAGGUGCUAGAGUAGCAUGUCGACAGUUAGGUCUACCCACGAGAAACGUUCGAGCAAAAACAACUCCUUACCGUGGAUUGGAAUCACGCCCGAUUCUUUUGAACAAUCUUCAGUGCGAUGGAGAUGAACCAGCCAUUCAAUCAUGCAAUAGAACGAAAAAUCCAUUUGGCUGUACUCAUGAUGAAGAUGCGGGUAUUUCUUGCUCAGAUGAAUGUCCGCCAUUUAAAUUUGGAAAAGAAUGUGAAAAGAGUUGUGCUUGCAACCGAAGAAAUUCCCUGUCCUGUGACAAAGGCACGGGGGAAUGCAGGUGCAAGAACGGAUGGUCAGAUGUCCGAUGCACGUGCGGACGUCAAACGAAGUGUGACGAAAAUUUACACAUAUUCUUUGCAGAUGUCACGGAUGUUUUAUACUCUUGUUCAUUUGAAACGACUUUUGAUGCUUGCUUCAUAAAAAAUUAUGGCAAAAUGAAAUGGAGAAAAGGCACGGAUCGAACUUAUAGUCGAGAAACAGGUCCAAUCUCGGCCCAAGAGGGUAAAAAUUAUGUGUACACAGAGGCAAACCUGCAAUUCAAUGGCGAUAAAGGAGUGAUGGAAAUUCCAGUUUCAAACCUAAAUUUAACCACACAUGCCUGUUUCCAACUUUUCUUCCACAUGAGAGGAGAGGAUAUGGGUGAUCUGAAUGUAGCAGUACAGGACAUAAAUGGAUUAGAAGUAGCUAGAUGGUCAAAGUCAGGGCACCAGGGUUCUCUCUGGGAUAAAGGACUUAUUUCUUUUCCAUCAACUGCAGAUGUGAUAAAUAUAACUGGAAUAAGAGGUGACGGCCAUAAUUCAGAUGUAGCACUAGACGACUUCAAAAUCUUUCAAGGGCAUUGUGAUUGUGAGGAAUGGAAAUAUGGAUUAACUUGUGAAAAAUCAUGUUAUUGCACAAGAGAAACCUCUGAAGGGUGUAAUAGUCAGACUGGAAGCUGUAUUUGCCAGUCAGGAUGGAGCGGCAAAACAUGUGAUUGUAGAAAAUCCCCAGACCCGUGCAACCCGGAAUACUCAUUUUGCCACGGAGAUAUGUGUUUAUGUAAAGAUGGCGUAUACGCUAACGGUGUAACCUGUUCUGGUAUCGACAAUGUCAUAUAUUUCUGUACAUUUGCUACGGCAGACAGUGUACAUGGAUGCAAAAUUGAAUUAUCGACUGCGAUGUGGGAAAAGAAAGAGGACAGCGCACAGCUUAUAAAUGAUAGCCUUCAUUUGAAUAAGAGCAGUUAUCUUCAGACAAGGCUCUCUCCUAAACGCACCAUGUAUUCAUUCUCUCUCAGAAAUGUAACUUUGAAGAGAGACAGCUGUUUUCAACUGAAAUAUUAUACACUGGAUCCGACAAUGCAAAGUCUCCGAAUUCAGGUGAUAAGAAAUGGGCAUUUGAUGAGUAAUAGACUGUUUCAAGGAAGAGAUUGGUCAACUGCCCGUGUCCCCAUAAAAGCGUCUUCACUGACCAAGAUUGUUGUCAUUGUUUAUGUAAACAACAACUUACCCAUGCUUAUAGACGAUAUUAUCAUAACAGCUAAGACGUGUGAUGCUUGCCAACAAUGGUACUAUGGUUCGGAUUGUGAGAAGAUGUCAAAAUGCAAUCAAACAAAUACUCUUUCAUUUGACUCUAAAGAUAAUUGCAUCUGCAAAACAAAUUGGUAUGGUGUAAAAUGUGACUGUUCCCAAUCAGAAAACGACGCGUGUAUUAAGAGGGGAGAAAUCUGCAUGGGAGGAGUAUGUUCUUGUGCGGAUGGAUAUAUAAAAGCUGGCUUGGGUUGCAGAGAUAUUGAUGAAUGCAAGUCGUCAUGCAUGGGUUCUUUGCAAACAUGUGAGAAUAUGAACGGGUCGUACUCGUGUCUUUGUGAAAAGGGAACGUUUGGUGAUGGCGCUAUUUGCUCAGAAUCCACACUUGCCAUCACGAAUGGAUCUACACCAAUGGAUGGUACGCUAUUGAUGUGGCGAGACAAUAUCUGGGGCGCGGUUUGUCAGUCCUUUGAUCUAUUUACAGCCAUGGUAGCAUGCAAUACACUAUUUGAAAACAUAUAUGGCGUUCAUCUUCCUCAAAGGGGAGGUUACGAUUCGCCCAAUGGAGUCACAUACAGCUCUUUUGUUUGUGAUAAAAAAGGUAAAGGAUUUGACCUUACGAAAUGCAAUGUCUCCAUUGAGCCCUGUGACACAGCGAAGGAUGCGACGCAACUAUCCUGUGGUGUUUGUGGAGGGGUAUAUACAUCCCAGGUUGGACUUGUAGAGCCUCCUUUUCAACUCUUAGCAAACACACUGUGUUUCUUUUUGUUGGCUCCAUACAACUCAAAAAGGGUCAAUGCAACAUUCAUUUCUUUCUCAACAAAUUCAAACGAGCAGACUCAAGGGUAUCGGGACUCCUCUAUUACAUGUGACGACACAUAUCUCGAGAUUUUCGAUGGUUCAGACAUACAUUCACCAUUGGUCGGCCGAUAUUGUGGCAGUCGACCUCAUUUUACUGUCACUUCAACCGGAAAUACCUUAUACCUUAUAUAUAAAACAUCUAGAAAUAAAUAUACACAAGAUUUCCAUGUUAUCUACGAAGCAGAGAAGAAUGUAGAAAAUCGUAUGUAUAUAGUACACUUAAAUCGUAUAUAA